AUGAAAUGCAAUAUUCGAGAACUUGCUCUUUUGAGCGACAAACCUUGCGUGUUUGAAGGAAGACUAAAUUAUAAGAAAAUAUCAAAUGGAAGCUAUCGCAAUCAAGCAGUUUUCAAAGAAAGAUGGUUUCGACUUAUUAACAACUAUUUAUUUUAUUUUAAAAUCAGUGAAAUGGGAAAGUUUGAUACCAAAAAUCCAGCUGGAAUGUUUGUAAUGGAAAACUCCUCGAUACAAAUGGAACAUGAUCAAAGCAUAUCUUUCUCAUUUUCCUUAUCUUUUAUAGAUGAACCUGAAAAAAGGCAUAUUUUUGCUGCACGUAGUGAAGAUAAUGUAGUACAAUGGGUUAUGAGACUUCGCCAAUGUUCUUAUGAGUAUUUACGAAGUCAACUACAUACAUUGCAAUCUAAAAUAUAUUCAAUCACUGGAAAGGAUCCUCUAUUAUUGGUGCCAAGAAAUGAUGGAGCCUGUUUAUGGGCCCCAGCUGUGCCUUUCUCAACAGUUCCAGCUUGUACAUCAAAUACUUCUUCAUUUAGUUGCCACUUACAUACUAAUAGUGCUUUUACACUGGAAAGAAGUAAAUCUGAUGUACAAGCAUAUAAAAAUCUACAAGCUGAAUACUGUAAUAAAACAACAUUUUAUAUCAAUGAUUACUCUGAAAAGAGAGAAACUAAGCUUGAAAGCCCAAGUUAUACAUUAGAAAAAAGUAAAACAUCUGCAAUCUUGACUGCAAGUUUAAAUCCAAUAGACAUUUCUAUAUUUGAUAACCGGCCACAGUUCUCUAGAGCUGCACCAAGUCCUCCUGUUAGAAAGAAACUAUCACCAGGAUCUAGGCAUGCUGAACUUAGUAAUGAUCUUAGAGCAUUUACAAAUGAAGGAAAAAAUUUAGGACAAUUGGGUAUUAUGGAUGCAACACCAGUGCCUCCUAAAAGAAAAAUAUCACCUAGGCCUAAUGAUAGUAAUGGAGAUCUUAAGAAUAUUGUUAACUCUAGUAACAACUCCUUAAAAGACAAUACAAGUGAUGAUCUUAUUAAAUUU